GUUCUAUAUACUGUAUUUACUCGUGAUACUCCCUGGCACCGUCUGUACUGUGGAAUCUUAAGGGAUACCGGGUAUUAUCACCCGUUUUUGGGUGUGGCAUCUCCAACGUCGAUGCAAUUUAUGACAGCCUCACCCCUGUGUCCGUGAACACCUCGCCUCGCAUCCUACGAGCUCCCCUUCCGCCCAAAAAUGGUCCUGAUAUUUUCCUCAGACACUUCGCGCAACAAUUGCGCUCCUUCAGUCUUGCAAUCCAUCGGUGCUGGGGAAUCUUUGCGCGACGAAAGGAGGGUUUAUGCGAACGAUUUCUAAAUUUCCAAGGGAGUGAGAAAGGCGUUCUCAUAUGAGAGACGAUAUGUCGGUAGCGAUGGAUUUUCUCAAACAGAAGGGUGUGAAGAAUGAACCCGAGAGACUUUGGGUUACAAAAUUGACUCUCCGAUGCAUCUCGAGCGUCCUCAGUUGCGCAAUCAUUGGCACCGGGGCUAGCACUCAUAAUGUCGAGAUUGCAUUGAUGAUGCCGCCAGCUUUCAUAAUACUAUGGAACGUCGCCGAGGGAAUCACCCUGAUCGUCCGUCGACGCGCAUACGAAGGCAUCCAUCCCGGCGCCUGCGUCGCCCUCGACUUAUUACUAUCGCUCGGCAACUUGGUUUGCGUGGGUAUGACGGGGCCGGAGAUCUCGAAUCCGAAUAUUUACUCCUCGAGGAACUGGCAUGACCCCGUGGACUACUCUUCCCAGAGACUUAUAAUCGGUGGUGUGGCUGUGAGUAUAAUCGUAACACUCAUCCAGAUCUCCCUCUUCGUCAUAGCUUGCGUUGAGACGCACCGACGGCGUAAAGCUGAACGCAACGUGCCAAUCGCUCUUGCCACUUUCGACUCAGGCCAGCAGCAGGGCACAUUCAUCAACCCAAACCAGCAACCCUUCAAUCCCAACCAACCCCCCGGCGCAUUCAACCCAAACCAACAGCAACAGACCCAGACACAGACAGACGACCCCCCCCCACCUUACCAACUACUCCCAAGCACAGACGCAAACACACCAAACACCGUCCCCCCAAUCCUCCAUCGCGCAGCCUCAGAUUCUACCAUUCCGCCAGGGGACUUUGGCGCCCUUGCCAGGAACGGAGGCACCGACGCAGCCUCAGUGGCUGGGGAAUUCGACGCCACAGAGACAUCAUGAGAUGUCCAACACGCCGGCGCCGAAUGCGGGAGAGGUGUUUAAUGGGAGACCACCUCACAUGGCCGCGCCGCCGGUGGCGCCGCCGGUGGCGCAGAUGCCACAACAUGAGUUAUCAAGUGGUACCCCCGCGCCAGGGGGGUUUACCCAGAUUGCCCCACUACCGCAGCAGAUGUCACAGUAUGGGACUGCGACGGCGAGCCAGGCGGGAAGUCCCGCCGCCGAGAUAUGAGAUGUAUAUUCGGAUUACUGGUGCGGAGAGGGGUGCGAAUCUGCACGAGAUGGGG